AGAAAGAAAUUGAGUUGGUGUUUCCUUUAGCCAUUAAGGUUACGUUUACCACUGCCUGCCAAAUUCAAACAUGAAUAAAACGGGAGCUACUCGGUAUCAAAAGUUUUUGAAAGCUGAGAAGGCCAAAACAAAAUUAAAAGGAAAGAAAGAUAAAGAACUGCCCAAAGGUACUAAUGUUACGAAAACAAAUUUUAAAGUAAAAAAAAUAGUCUUAAAAGAGCAACUUAAAAAGCAUGGUCAGAAUGAAGCAUUAUCGAACCGAAAACUAAAUUUAAAGGAGCUAUUAUGUCGACUGAACCAUUUUAAUACCCACUCGCGAACUGAUGCACUCGAUGGAGUAAAAGAGCUUAUAACACAACAUCCAGAAGUCUUAGAGCAACAUUUGGGAGACUUGAUUCAUGGAAUAACGAUGUUAAUUUUAAAUAUAGAAAAAGUGGUGAGACAGCAGGCACUAAAAGUUCUGCACUUAAUUCUUUCUAAUGUAUCUGCAGAGAAACUGGAACCAUUUUUUGAUAUAAUGUCAACUUACUUGAGAAGUGCCAUGACACAUGUUGACAGUAGAAUUCAGGAAGACUCACUUUUCUUCCUAGAUAUACUGUUGGCAUGCAUUCCUUUAAGAGUUGCUGAAGAUUUCCAUAAAAUAACACCAAACUUUUUGGAUAUGAUAUCAAAACAAAGAAUUGAUGCAAAACCUGGUAGAACAUUGACCGUCAACUUAAGCAGCCAAAUUACAAGUGUUAAAUGGAGAGUUAAAGUUUUUCAACGUUUGCAAGAGUUUUUGCAAAAGUAUGCUAUAUAUAAGGAAAUUCAACAAGUAGAAAGAACUAAUUAUAAUAAUGGUAAUAACUUACAUUCCUUCAAACCGAAUCAAUCUAAUUAUUAUCCAUUAUUUAAUCCAAUUUAUAUAUCAAAUUGCAACAUGUCAUGUUUUUCUGCGAAAACUUCAGACUUGCAGGUUGAUGAAGUAGAAAAAUUUAAAGAAUACACUGAAACUUUAAUUCCAUUACUUUUUGCAACAUGGCUUGAGGCAUGUCCCAAUAGGAAGUCUGAUGCCAAUUUUGAUAUGGUCAUCAAUGAAGAAACAGCUUUGUUAUUAAGAUAUAUUCUGCAAGUUAUUAAUUUGAUAAGAUCCUUUGUAAAGUAUUAUAAGGAUAAAUAUCCGAGUUCAGAUAUUGAUAUCACAUUUUCCCAAAAGUAUAAGUUUCUGUUUAGCCAACACUUUCUUAACUCUUUUCCUUAUAUUACAAAUAUUAGAUACAAAAAAUUGUCAAAGAAUAUUAGUCCUGAUGAUGAAGUGAUCAAUGAUCCAAAAUUAAUAACAGAAAACUUAGAAAUAUGUCAUCUCUUCAUUAUGUUAAACACUAACUUAAAUUUAAAAAAUCAGAAUUGUGACAUAUCUGUUGUACUUAAAUAUAUUGAAAAAAUAUUUAAUCAAAAUAUUGACAGUAAAAUUAACAAUAUUGUUAUAAAUAUAAUGCAUUCAUUAUUUUCUGCUGAAAUUACUGGCUGGACAAAGACAACAUCAGUUCUAGAUAAUUUGUUCAGAAAAAUAAUUUGGAUAUAUUUCAAUAAAAGUAUGUCGGAUAUAUCUAAGCAAGAAAUAUUUACAUUGCUGUGUAAAAUUGCAUUAACGGAAAAGUUAUCGCAUUUUCAUUCUUGUGAGCCUUUUGAAAUGUGGCUUAAAAACUUACCUGACAUAUUAUUAGGACAGCAAUUAAAUGUUCAAACAGUUAAUAUUAUCCACAAGUUUGCAGUAACAAAUAACAAAUUAUUUAAUUCUGUUAUUAAACCUAAGCUAUUGAACAUUAUAAAGAAUCUUCCAAAACUAGUAAUAAUAAAUGCUGGUAAUAAUACAGGGAGUUAUCAUAAAUUGUUAUCAAUUUUUUAUUGGAUAAAGGUGUGGGACACAGAGUCUCUAAAUUUGUUAGAAAGUCAAUUAAUGGACAAUGUUUACCAACCAGAUCAUGGAAAAUACAUUUUUGACACGCUUAGGUUAAGGAGUGGAGGAAUUUUAUAAAUAAAAACAUGAAACACU